AUGGAGACCGGGAUGAAGGACGACGUCACAAACGAGAAGAUGGUCACAGAAACAGAUCGAGAUCGCGAGAUACGCAUAAAAAGCGAAAAGAACGAAGCCGGUCGAGAGAGCGAUCGCAUCGAAACCGGGAUAGAGGUGCGGGAGAGCGCAACGCCAAUGGUGACAGUUACAGGGACAGGAGUAGGAGUCUGGAGAGAUCAACGUUCACGAAAACACUCACGUUCAAGGUCACCCGUCAGAGAUGGCGCGAAUGGAUCGAUACGUACGCGAUCACCCCCUCGACGAAGCGAUCACGACCGGGGAAGGAACCGAGAGCCAGCCAAGGUAGAGGAUACAAAAUCAACGCAUAAUACAAAACACGGUAUUGCUGGCUCGGGUCAGCCAUCUGUUAACGGCGACAGAAUGGCUGUUGACGAGGACGAUGAAGAUGCCCUCCUGAGGAACAUGAUGGGGUUCACGACGUUUAAAUCAACUCAAAACACGAAAGUGCCUGGAAAUCAGAUCUACGGCGUGAGAAAGGAAAAGAAGACAGAAUACCGACAGUAUAUGAAUCGUGUCGGAGGCUUUAACAGACCUUUGAGUCCGUCAAGAUGA